AGGUUGGCCUUGGACGCGUACCGCUGCCGCCAUUACCUACCGUAUUCCCGCUCUGCUUGUAUAACACCAUCCCUACCAUGUCCUCUAAUGCCGACAACUUCGUUCUCGUCGCUCCCCGCCCAGUGCGGCUCGCAGCCCCCACCGCAGCCCCUCCUUUCUCCCCCUUCCAAGGCGCCCUCAAUCGUCCCCAAACCCGCAUGGCUGGCAUGCGCCUUGUCGCCGAUGGCGUCGAUCGCCUCAAAUUGGGCGACGAUGUCUUCCAGACGCAGGACGACAUCAUGAAACCCACCGAGCCUGCAGAGAGGGAACCUGUAUCUCCUCGUGCCUCUCCCCGGUCGGCGCCGUCCGAAGCUCUGGAGGAGUUCCUCUCCAUCCUUCAGUCGUCGAGUUUCUACUUCCCGCCCACUUCGCCCAUCCUUCGCGCGAGCAACGGCAGCGCCGCACACACCUUCUUCUACCGUGCCUCCUCCAGCUUGAGCACGUCGCACCAGGAGGGGCUCGGUGUCUCCUUGAGCGAUGCCGCCGAUGAGAUGCGGAGAGACAGCGCUACGCCUGCGUACCCAUUCAAGCUUAUCGGGUCUGGGUCCCUCGCGUCCCCGGUGUCACGCACCCACACGCGCAACCCCUUCCAGCGCCAUCCGUCCUACGAGAACGCCUUCGCAGGUAUUCUCCGUCCGCUGUCCGCAUCGCCCGGGCCCCUGUCUCCGGGCUCACCUGCCAUAGUCUCCAUGUCCCCGGCGGCGGUUCCUCUGCCGCUUCCGACGCCCGACGAGCUGGAGGCGACAUCGUAGAAGCUCCUCGCCAUUCCGGUCAGAAUUCCUACCAUGGGCUGCCCAUCUCAUGACAUUCUUUUUUUUCUAGCCUAUACUAUCUAUUACCAUCUACGAGAGAUGUGGCCCCUGGCCACCUGUGUAUCUGUACGCGUACUGUAGAACUGCUGGUGCUUACGGCGCGUCGUCGUGUCCACCGUAUACCUCGUUUCCUUUAUUUGUUUUAUUACAUUUCUCGCUGAUUUGCCGCUAUUCCGGUUACGUAGCUCGUUCCUGUGGUAUAUUGUACAGUCGCUGUAAUAAAGUCUGGAAUCGACAUUUGCUAUUGAAA